CAGUCAAAUAAAUUCUUGAUGUGAUGCGUACUGAUUCAUGGGUCGAUUUUGAGUUUGCAGAGUAGGGGGCGUACCAUGAAGCUUGUGAGUGAGUGUGUGUGUGUGUGUUUAGGGGGGUGUCCUAUGGAGAGCCAAGGAGCGAAAAAAAGCCCGUUGGCACCGAUCCGUGCGACGCGCACACACUGAGCACAGAGAGCCAUGACGACAUGAGCGGCUCCGAGCGGGUGUUUUAACGGCAUGACGGCGGAUCGGAGGAGCUGCAGCUGAAGGACGAGAGCCGGUAGAGACGCUCCAGCCCCGGAGAUCCGAACAGAGGACGGCGGAGAGCGAGAGGCAGAGCGCCGGGGAAUCAUGCGGGCUCCUGCGCUCCGGCUGCUGGGUCUCGUGUGGCACCUCUCCGCGCUUUUACGCACCGCACAAACGUACAAACUGCACCACAAACAAGAGAGCUUCAUCAGACAGCUGUCAGCGUAUGAGAUCAUCACCCCGGUGCGCUUGAAUGAUUUUGGAGAGUCGUUCCCGCACCGGCUGCAUUACCGCAGGAGGAGGCGCAGCACUGACGCAGAGGUCUCGGGUUCGAGGGCUCAUUACCGGUUUGAGGCGUUCGGCCAGGCGUUUCACCUGAACCUCACGGCUGAUUCUGGAUUCAUCGCUCCAUCUUACACAGUGCUUCACCUGGGAGAGGAAGAGAAGCAUGGAGACGAUGCAGACCUGCGCCACUGUUUCUUCAGAGGACACGUCAACGAUCGCAGGGAACACCACGCCGUCUUUAGCCUCUGCACUGGACUAAUCGGCUCGUUCACGACCCACAGCGGUCAGUUCUUUCUGGAGCCACUACUGAGCGCUGAUGGAGAAGAGUAUGAGGAAGAGCACAACAAACCUCACCUGCUCUACAGACACGAGUCACAUGACCCUCAGCCGUGCAGCGCCUCAGAUCGUCCCGCCCAUCACAUCAGUCUCCACGGCAACAGAACUCUGGAAGAGGAAGUGAUGUCGAUACAGGAAACGAUGCGUCCUGAAGACGGCUCUCAUUCCCGCCGGAAGCGCUUUCUGUCGUAUCCGCGGUUCGUGGAGCUGAUGGUGACGGCUGACGUUAAGAUGGUGCGACAUCACGGACUCAACCUGGAGCACUACAUCCUCACAAUCAUGUCAGUAGUCGCUGCGAUCUACAGAGACCCCAGUGUAGGAAACCUCAUCAACAUCAUGAUCGUCAAACUCAUCGUCAUACACAACGAACAGGAAGGGCCGAAUAUAAACUUCUACGCCACUGCGACGCUUCAUAACUUCUGCAUGUGGCAGCAGAGUCACAACGUUUUGGACGACAGUCACCCGGGUCAUCACGACACGGCGCUGCUCAUCACCAGGGAGGACAUCUGCCGAGCAAAGGACAAGUGUGACACGUUAGGUCUGGCAGAGCUGGGGACGAUGUGUGAUCCGUUCCGAAGCUGCUCCAUCAGCGAGGAGAACGGCCUGAGUGCAUCCUUCACCAUCGCUCACGAGCUCGGACAUGUGUUCAACAUGCCUCAUGAUGACAGUCCGAAGUGCCGCGAGGCGGGGAUCAAGCAUCAGUACCACGUCAUGGCCCCGACGCUCAACUACGACACCAGCCCCUGGUCCUGGUCCAGAUGCAGCCGCAAGUACAUCACUGAAUUCCUGGACACUGGUUAUGGUGAAUGUCUCCUUGACGAGCCUUUGGUGAGGAUGUAUAACCUUCCCAGCCAGCUUCCAGGUCAACUCUACAACGCCAACCGCCAGUGUGAACUCAUGUUCGGCCCCGGCUCCCAAGUCUGUCCCUUUAUGAAACAGUGCAAGCGUCUCUGGUGCACUAGUGCGGAGGGUGACCAUAAAGGAUGUCGUACGCAGCACAUGCCGCUCGCUGAUGGGACCGAAUGUGGCUAUGGCAUGUACUGCAGGCACGGCAUGUGUGUAAAUAAAGAGAUGGACAUGAAGCCGGUUCAUGGUGAAUGGGGCCCCUGGGGGCCUUACAGUGUUUGUUCCAGGACCUGCGGAGGAGGAACACGCAGCACAACAAGAGACUGCAAUAAACCUGAGCCGAGGAACGGAGGACGGUUUUGUGUGGGCCGCAGAAUGAAGUUCCGCUCGUGUAACACGGAUCCGUGUCCCCGGGGCCAGAGGGAUUUCAGGGAGGAGCAGUGUGCACAGUUCGACGGGAAACACUUCAACAUCAACGGACUGCCACCCUCCGUCCGCUGGGUGCCCAAAUACAGCGGCAUUGUGAUGAAGGACCGCUGUAAACUCUUCUGCCGUGUUGUGGGAUCGACGUCGUACUAUCAGCUGAGGGAUCGGGUCGUCGAUGGGACCCCCUGUGGACCGGACACAUAUGAUAUCUGUGUACAAGGCCUCUGCAGGCAAGCAGGGUGUGACCAUGUUUUGAACUCGAAGGCCAGAAAUGAUAAGUGUGGUGUCUGUGGAGGAGACAACUCUUCAUGUAAGACCCUCGCUGGAACCUUCAACAACGCACAAUACGGUUACAACGUUGUGGUUCGGAUUCCUGCUGGUGCGACCAACAUCGAUAUAAAGCAGGUCAGCUACUCAGGAUUGCCAGAAGAUGAUAACUACCUUGCUCUGUCUGACAGUCAGUCCAACUUCCUCCUGAACGGGAACUUCGUGGUGUCCAUGUUUAAAAGGGAAAUCACCUUUAAGGGAGCAGAGAUCGAGUACAGCGGAUCUAACACCACGGUUGAGCGGAUCAACUGCACAGAGCGGAUCGAGCAGGAGCUCGUGCUGCAGGUUCUAUGCGUGGGAAACCUGUACAAUCCUGACGUCAGAUAUUCCUACAGUAUUCCCAUCGAGGAGCAGAGACAGCAGUUUGUGUGGGAUCUGUCAGGUCCCUGGCAGGAGUGCAGCCGCAUGUGUCAAGGUGAGCGGCGGAGAAAGGCCGUGUGUGUUCGUAAGAGUGAUCAUUUGGUGGUUUCGGAGCAAAGGUGUCAGAAUCUACCUCGACCCAGAGGCACAACGGAGCCCUGCAAUGCUGACUGUGAACUCAGGUGGCACGUGGCGGGGCGGAGUGACUGCUCCAGUAAGUGUGGCCCGGGUUACCGUACAUUAGAUGUUCUGUGCAUGCGCUACAGCCAGAACAAGAGGCCAAGCGAGCGCAUGGAGGCCAGAGUCUGUGCAGAGCUGCCCAAACCGCAGAUGCGUGAGGGAUGUCAUGGGGACUGUCUGCUCAAGAGCUGGCAGUACAGCGCCUGGUCUCAGUGUUCGAAGAGCUGUGGACAUGGUGUCCGGACGCGGCAGGCAUACUGUAUGAACAAUCUGGGUCGCAGGCUGGUGGAGAGAGAGUGUAGCGUGCAGCAGAGAGUCCUGAGCGAACCCUGCAAUGAUGUGCCCUGUCCCGACUGGAGCGCCAGUGAAUGGAGCGAGUGUCUGGUGACGUGCGGGAAGGGUGUCAGACACAGACAGGUGCUUUGCAUUCUGGGAGACGAGAAUCUGAAUGAACAGCGCUGCGACCCAAACACCAAACCCUCAGCAGUGGGCAGCUGUGAGCUUCCCGAAUGUGCGUCCUGGCAGGUCGGAGCCUGGAGUCCGUGCACAGUGAGCUGCGGACAAGGAUAUCAGAUGCGUGCGGUCAGGUGUGUGUCGGGAGCGUACGGCGAGACAGUGGACGACAGGGAUUGUAACGCAGCCGCCAGACCUCGAGACAGUCAGGACUGUGAGUUGUCAGCUUGUCCUCGCGCAGCAUCAGUGUUUAACACACCCAGACCAGCAGAAGUGGGUCAGAGACACACACAGUGGAGAUACGGCUCAUGGACCAGCUGUUCGGUGUCGUGCGGCGAGGGCCGACGCGAGCGAUACGUCAGCUGUAGAGAUGCUCAAGGCGGCGUCGCUGAAGAGUCGUCCUGUGAUCAUCUUCCUCGUCCUCCAGACUCCUCUGUGUGUUUCAGUCCCUGCGGUCAGUGGAGGGAAGGAGAAUGGACACCAUGCUCGGUGUCGUGUGGUGUGGGUCGCUCCACGCGGCGGGUCGUGUGCAUGAACUAUCAUCAUCAGCUGGACGAGUCGUUCUGUGACCCAGAUGAGCGUCCCAGUGCUGAGCAGGAGUGUGCGGCCGCCCCCUGCCAGUCCUCCUACCACUGGCCCAACAACCAGCCCCACUUCCCCUACGACCCCGGCAGCCACAGCUGGAACGUCCCGUCUGCAGACAACCAGUGGAGGACAGGGCCCUGGGGAGCUUGCUCCAGCUCGUGUGAAGGAGGGAUCCAGCGGCGGGUCGUGGUUUGUCAGGACGCAGACGGACGCAGCACCAAUCACUGUGAUGAGAGAGUCAAACCUGACGAAUCCAAGAGCUGUGAGUCUGGACCCUGUCCACACUGGAACCACGGCAUCUGGGGCCAGUGCUCACGCUCAUGCGGCGGCGGUCAGCGCACACGUCUGGUGGUCUGUCAGCGUCCCAACGGUCAGCGGUUAAACGAGCACAGCUGCGAUGUUCUGGACAAACCGGCCGAUGUGGAGCAGUGUAACGGCCAGCCCUGCGCCGCCGCCGCUUCAUGGCACAGACGAGCGUGGAAGCCGUGCUCGGUGUCCUGUGGGAAGGGAGUUAAAGAGCGGCAGAUCGUCUGUGUCGAUCAGAACCAAACACAGAUCCAGGAGCACAGCUGCGCUCAUCUCGUCCCACCCAGAACACAGAAGGCCUGUCGGGCCGGGCCCUGCCCCUCCUGGAGAGCCAAUCGCUGGAGAGAGUGUUCAGUGAGCUGUGGCGCUGGCCUUCAGUUGCGUGAGGUCUUCUGCAGGUCAAAGGGCAAAGGUCGUGUCUCUGAUGACCUGUGUGACGCACGAGUGCGUCCAGAUCUCCUCCGCUCCUGCUUCCACAGCGACUGCCAGACGCACAGCUGGACAACACACAACUGGAAGGACUGUAACGUGAGCUGUGGCCGGGGCGUGAGGUCCAGAUCUGUGUUUUGUGUGGACGGAGGGAUGAAGGCGGCUCCGGACAGCAUGUGUGAUGCCUCUCUCAAACCCCACACACACGAGCCGUGUCACAGCGCCACCUGCCUGUACGUCUGGAUCAGCAGCGCAUGGAGUCAGUGCUCGGUGAGCUGUGGCUCUGGAGUACAGCGGAGGGCGCUGCACUGCUCUGCCGUGACCUCUGACCUGCAGACGUACUCACACGCAUCUCCCUCCGACUGCAGCGAGAGACCGCCGGCCGACAGCAGACCGUGUGUCCAGUCUGAGUGUCCGUCUGCUGACCGCUGGAGCACCGGGCCGUGGAGCCAGUGCUCUCAGACGUGCGGCGCUGGAGUCAUGCACAGGACGGUCCGGUGUCUCAGCGCUCUAAACCUCUCGUCUCAGAGCUGUCCCCUGUCCAGCCGUCCAGAGACACACUCCACCUGCAGACAGACCGACUGUGAGCUGCACACCAGCUGUCGAGAAGUUCAGGUGAAGGGAGGCGUUCAGAAAGACGGAGAGCACUUCAUCAAAGUCCGAUCCAAGAUCCUGCAGAUCUACUGCGCAGAGAUGCACAGCGCCUUCCCCAAAGAGUACGUGUCCCUGCGCAGCGGCCAGACCGACAAUUACUCCGAGGUGUACGGAUACAGGCUGCAGAACCCGUUCGAGUGUCCGUUUAACGGCAGUCGGCGGCAGGACUGCGCCUGCAGGAACGAUUACACCGCGGCCGGUUACACCGUCUUCCAGCGCGUACGGCUGGAUCUGUCCAGCAUGAGCAUCAUCCCGACUGAUUUGAAGUUCAGUCAGACGUUGUUCGGUCGCUCCGUCCCGUUUGCGUCCGCAGGAGACUGCUACAGCGCCGCUAAAUGUCCUCAGGGUCAGUUUAGUAUAAAUCUCAGUGGAACAGGACUGAAGGUCACAGAAGCCACUAAAUGGGUUUCACAAGGCAACUACGUCACGCUCAAAGUCCACCGCUCAGAAGACGGUAGCAGGAUCUACGGCCGCUGCGGGGGCUUCUGUGGGAAGUGUCUUCCUCAUACGGGCCUUUUUGUCAAAAUCCAGUAAGAAAGACGUCCACUAAAUCAGCUGGAGGAACUGGUCCCGACUGAUUCACGUCUGGUUUUACGUCUGGCAGCUACGCUAUAUACAGAACAAGUACGAAACGUCCCACUUCUGCACUUUCUGAAAGAUAUUGAACCAAAUAACUGUGAGUGUCUCCACGGAUCGGGACGGAUCGGGAUGCAGGAUUCGUUGGGUGAGAUGAUGAUAACACGGAUGUAGUCGCGUGUUCCCGUGAAAGUUCGUCGGUCAACGUUAAACGCUAGAUUCAUUCAUGACCAAAUUCGGUUUCAACAACAGCACGUUUAAGGGUUAACUUUUAGUUUAGUUGUGUCAAACUGUCAGAUCCUUUGAGUUUUGACAGAAAGGGAUUCAUUGAACAAUUUAAAUCCAAAAGAUCUGCUAUUUUGUUUUCACGAGGACAUGAACUGCUGCACAUGAACAUGUUUUACAUGAGUUUCUUUCAUUCGUAUUUUUCCAUACGGAGCAAAAGACUGACGACUGCAAACUGCUUGACAUGAAAACACCAGUCAUUGAAUGUUUAACUUGUGUCUGCUUCAAAAGGGUUCGACAAUCUAGAAGAAGAUAGAAAACACUGAAAUCUCUUUACCCUGAGAUCGGUAAAAGUGUGAGCUUAAUGAAUAGAUGUCCUCAUCAACCAGAAGGGUUAAUAUAUAGCAUAUUUGAUACAUAUUUAAUAAUAUACUGACAUCAAUUAACGGUGCUAAAAAGAGUUCAUAAGAUGAUGUUCGCAUGUGCUUUAGCAUUUUACACGAUUACUAAUCUAACUGAGACAGAAACAGUCCUGAAGAUCUGAGCCUAAAGUGGUUUAGGUGACCAAGAAAAGACCAGCUAACCUAAAAUUCAAUUCUUUUACAGAUUAAAUUCAACUAUAGUUGACACUGACGGUCAGUUUUUAUAAAGCAAAUACACUAGCAUUCAGAAAUUAGGUACCAUUUUUUAAUGAUUUCUUAAAAAGUCUCUUCUGCUCACCGAGGCUGCAUUUAUUUGAUCAAAAAUACACUAAAAAUUUAUAAAAUAUUCUGACUAUUUAAAAUGAUUGUUUCUGUGUGAAUAUAUUAACCUCAUGUAAUUUAUUCCUUUCAUGCAAUGCUGAAUUUUUACCAUCAUUACUCCAGCUAAAUUAAAUCGCGUGACACAAACUGAAUUAAAUGGACUAAAUUAAUGAAUUUAAAGUCAGAUGAGUUAAUCCAGACAUGCGUCCUCACAUCAGUUUUAAUAGAAGGGAAUAAUAAACUAGAUCAGAUUAAAACUGCAUAACCCUACCUCUCAUAAUCAUAACCACUGUGUUGUGCAUUAUUUAUGUUUGACAGUAUUUAUUCUGUAACUACAUGUACAUACGUCUCAUCUAAUGGUAAUAUUAUUAAACACUGACCAUUUAUUAGUCAUUAACCAGAGGUUUACAGGUGCUGUUUUAACUACUGAACGAGCUUUAACCAGUACUAGACUCAGUUUUAGAGAGAUUGUGUAAAUAGCUGGAGAAUAUUUCAAGCAUAGUACAAAUCAUCACUUUUUUCGCUUUCAACCAAAGUCUGUUUAAUGUGUGUGAAUGUAGAUAAUAUGAGCUGUUUGAGGGUAACAUUGACUAUCAUGGUGUUGGAAGAGGUCUGACUCAGAAAUGAAAGCACUGUAUGAUGCACUGUGUGCCACAUUUACACACACCUCCGUUCGGUCAGACGUCUCUGAAGUGUGUCAGACUCCUUCCCAAAGAUGAUCGCUCCUCUUCAGAACAGCAUCCUGUGGUUUGUGAUGAAAUCUUUGGUGCUACCAUACUGUACAAAUGCAAUGUAAAUGAGAUUUUAAGCACUGUACUAAUGCUGAUCGUCAUAAUAAAAGGAAAUAUGUUGA